UAUGAUGCGCGUGUCCCUUCGCGAACGCGCGACAACAGCAAUGGCCGCCGUGGAAGGCCGAAAUCCUAAUCUCGACGAUUUUGUCGGAUUAAAUUGGAGUUGUUGGGUAGAUAGGGUGAAUAUAUUCACAUCUGACGCUGGCCUGUGUGCCGAAUAUGGGAGUGUCAUCAGUGAGACCAUGACCCUCAGCAAAGAAGAUAAGCACAUGUUUGGUGAGUGUCCUUCCCACGAUGACUUCUACCUGGUGGUGUGCAGCCACUGUGGCCUGGUGGUAAAGCCGCAAGCCUUUGAGAAACACUGCGAGAGGCGACACGAUCUCGUUCUAAAGAUGUGCGGACAGUCAUCUACGUUAGCGCCGCAGCAAAGACCUCGCCCCGGCCCCCCUGUCAACCUUUCCCUCUCCAGAGAGAGGCAGAAAGACAGCAGAUGUCUCGAAACGAGCAUAACGACAGCAGAAUCACCUGGCCACCAUAACAGGCCCACGAAGGCUCGAAAGGAAGCUGUGAGUUUAUCUUCAGUGGAGAACCCUCAUCUUCCUCACAAUGCUGCUUCCACACGCAGAACUUAUGUUUCUCAGUUUCAACCAAGUGUGCUGCCUUUGGGCCUCUGCUCUUCCUCAUCGUCUACCUCUCCCGCAAAGAGACCCCCGAUGACAACAUCUAAACGUAUCAGUGAGUCUCCCACUCAUCUACGGGGAAAAGAAACUUCCAGGAUUUGCACAAAAGCUCACAAGCAAAAAUGUGACCUGAAGAAACAAAGCAGUGAGAUGGAUCAAGCAAAACAGAAGCCACCUUGCAAGCUAAUAUGCGAUGCUGAAGGCAUCCUCCAGCAGCAGAGGUCGCAGGUGUUGGCGAAGCAGAGCGAAGAAUGUCGUAAUAUGGAGCCGCUUCCUGACAAAUCUAAAGAGCAGCAUUUAGAAGCUUUAAAUAAGAAAAUAACAAACCUGAAAAACAGCCUGAGCAGCAAUUGUCACAUUCUGAGUCGGUCUAGAGCUGCAUCGCAGAGCUUUCCAGAAGAGGAGGCUGACGGCACCGUGAAAGUGGAGGUCCAAACUCCGUACCCCUUCAAUCAGCACCUGCUCUCCGGCGAGGAGAGUGACGAUGAUGAGCAAGAGGAAGCUACUGAUCUGCCUGCCACAUCUUGGCACCCCAAACCUCUUGGUCUUUGCACUUUUGGAUGUCGCUCUCUGGCAUGCAACAUCUUCACCUUUGACAGGCGCCUGCACCACCUGCGGUUUGCCCUCACUGCCAUGUUGGAGCACCAUGUUAGCACCCACCGCUGGAAGAAAAUACCUCAAGCAUCAUCAGGUCUCAGGUCUCAUCGCGUCACAGAGUCUGCCAAGAAUGUGUCUGGACGUUCCCAUACCGCUGGCACCCUCAGCCUUGCCUGUGCCUCACUGGGACAACUUGAAAAAAAGUCACGGAGCACUAAACUACCAUCCAAUACCUCUGCAAAACGACCCGCCAGACUACGAAACCCUAUCGGGUUACCCGGCUCCAAUUUGUUGCAAAAUGAGCUGUCGUGCGGUAGUGAGGAAACAUCCUCAAGAUGUAGCACAGACAAGCGCCAACCUCAGGUGACAUCCUCCCAAGGACCAGUUAAUGGUCACCUCUCCCAUGGAAAAAAGACAUGCCAUCCUCUUCCUUUACAGCCCUCAAAGAGACCUGUGUCAGCUUUAGUGCGGCAGUCUGUUUUAUUGUCCCCUGAUAAAGCGGCGACACCGCAUGUUAAACACAAAAUAUCAGGCUCUAACCAAAGGCCUCUAGGUAAAAAGAGGAAAAGUUGCAGUGAAUCUCAGCCUCUCAAGUGUCAGCGUUUGUCCUCCCUAAACUGCCCUAUCUCUUGGAAAGGAGACAGCAUCGGGGAAGUGCAGUCAAGAAGCCCUGAAAAAAGGCCAGCAUCCCAAAUAGAGAAAAAGACAUCUUGAAGAAGACGCCUGCAGCUGCUGCCAACAUUGUCUGUGAUGGCAUGAAUGUGUAGUUACUAUGUCUGAAGUAUGGAGUGAGUGAGUUUUCCCAGCACAUUACUAUGCCAGCCUAUUGUUAUGAAAUGUUUGAUUUUCUUCAUGUCUUCAUGUGUAUUACCGUGAAAGAAUACCUCAAUAUUUAAAAGCUGCUGAAAGUAAACAACAUUUUAUGGCAAAACAA